AUGUCCAGUUUAAUUCCUAUUGCUACUUACAAUUUAAACUUACAACCUUUCCAACCGGCUGCUGCCAUUGAGUUAGAGUUCCCAAGUACCAUCAGAAUCACUUCUGUUGCCCUUGACCCGGAAUCUGUUGAUGAAAAUGACAAACCUUCUACUUUAAGAAUGUUAAAGAGAAAGUUACCAUAUGUUGAUGAUGAAGAUUAUGAUGAAGAUGAUGAAGAAGAUGAAGAAGAUGAAUUAGAUGAAGAAGAAGAAGAAGAAGAAGAAGAAGAAGAAGAAGAAGAAGAAGAAGAAGAAGAAGAAGAAGAAGUCGAAGAAGAAGAAGAAGUCGAAGAAGAAGAAGAAGGUGACGAUGUCUCAGAUUCAGAUUCAGAAUUAGAUGAUGAAGAAACUGAAGAAUAUGUCAUUUGUACCCUUUCUCCUAAAUCCCAAUACCAACAAGUUGUUGAUAUCACCAUCCAACCAGAUGAAGAAGUUUAUUUCAUUGUCACUGGAUCUUACCCAAUCCAUUUAGCUGGUAAUUACGUUGACCAUCCAGAUGAUGAAGAUUCUGAUGAAGAAGAUUUCGAUGAAGAAUAUGAUGACGAUGAAUAUGAUUUAACUCCUGAUGAAGAUGAAAUUUACGAUUUAGAUGAUUUAGAAGAUGCUUCAGAUAUUGAAAACAAAAUCGAAGAAUUAGUUGAAGAAGAUAACAAAAAGAGAUCAGCUGAAGAUGAUCAACCACAAAAAAAGAACAAGAAAGCUAAGAAAGUUGAAUUUAGCGAACAAUUAGAAAAAGGUCCAACUGGUUCAGAUUUUAAAGAUAAAAAAGAAAAGAAAGAAGUCAAAAAAGAUGUCAAAAAAGAUGCUAAAGACGCAAAGAAAGAUGUAAAAGACGCAAAAAAAGAUGCAAAAGAAUCUAAAAAAGAUGUCAAAAAAGAUGCAAAAGAUGACAAAAAAGAUGCUCAAGAUAAAAAAUUCCCUACCAAAACUCUUUUAGGUGGAGUUGUUACCGAAGAUAGAAAAGUUGGUAAAGGACAAACUGCCAAAUCCGGUAACAGAGUUUCUAUCAGAUACAUUGGUAAAUUGAAGAACGGUAAAGUCUUUGAUAAGAACACUUCAGGUAAACCUUUCAGUUUUGGUUUAGGUAAGGGAGAAUGUAUCAAAGGGUUUGAUUUAGGGGUUGCUGGUAUGGCUGUUGGAGGUGAAAGAAGAGUUGUUAUCCCAGCCAAGAUGGGUUAUGGAUCUCAAGCAUUACCUGGAAUUCCAGCCAAUUCUGAAUUGACUUUUGAUAUUAAGUUAGUUUCAUUGAAAUAG